AUGCAGCCGGCAAUGAUGAUGUUUUCCAGCAAAUACUGGGCAAGGAGAGGGCUUUCUUUGGAUUCGGCAGUGCCCGAAGAGCAUCAGCUGCUUGGCAGCUUAACACUAAAUAAAACUAACUCUGGCAAAAAUGAUGAUAAAAAAGGCAACAAGGGAAGCAGCAAAAGCGACACUGCUACCGAGAGCGGCAAGACGGCAGUUGUAUUCUCCUUGAAAAAUGAAGUUGGUGGAUUGGUCAAAGCACUGAAACUCUUUCAGGAAAAACAUGUCAACAUGGUUCACAUUGAGUCUAGGAAAUCCCGGCGAAGAAGUUCGGAAGUUGAAAUCUUUGUGGACUGCGAGUGUGGCAAAGUGGAAUUCAAUGAGCUCAUUCAGUCACUGAAAUUUCAAACCACGAUUGUGACACUGAAUCCGCCAGAGACCAUUUGGACAGAGGAAGAAGAGCUAGAGGAUGUACCCUGGUUUCCCCGGAAGAUCUCUGAGUUAGACAGAUGUUCUCACCGAGUUCUCAUGUAUGGUUCUGAGCUGGAUGCCGACCACCCAGGAUUUAAAGACAAUGUCUAUCGACAGAGAAGAAAGUAUUUUGUGGAUGUAGCCAUGGGUUAUAAAUAUGGUCAGCCCAUCCCCAGGGUGGAGUACACGGAGGAAGAAACGAAAACUUGGGGCGUUGUUUUCCGAGAGCUCUCCAAACUCUAUCCCACUCAUGCUUGCCGGGAGUAUUUGAAAAACUUCCCUCUGCUGACUAAAUACUGUGGCUACAGGGAGGACAACGUGCCCCAGCUUGAAGAUGUCUCGGUUUUUCUGAAAGAAAGGUCUGGCUUUACGGUGAGGCCAGUGGCUGGAUACCUGAGUCCUCGAGACUUUCUGGCAGGACUGGCCUACCGAGUGUUCCACUGUACUCAGUACAUCCGCCAUGGCUCGGACCCCCUCUACACCCCGGAACCAGACACAUGCCAUGAACUUCUGGGACAUGUCCCUCUACUUGCAGAUCCUAAGUUUGCUCAAUUUUCACAAGAAAUAGGCCUGGCGUCUCUGGGAGCAUCAGAUGAAGAUGUUCAGAAACUAGCCACAUGCUAUUUCUUCACGAUUGAGUUUGGCCUUUGCAAGCAAGAAGGGCAACUGCGGGCAUAUGGAGCUGGGCUGCUGUCCUCCAUUGGAGAAUUAAAGCACGCGCUUUCUGACAAGGCAUGUGUGAAAGCCUUUGACCCAAAGACAACUUGCUUACAGGAAUGCCUUAUCACCACCUUCCAGGAAGCCUACUUUGUUUCAGAAAGUUUUGAAGAAGCCAAAGAAAAGAUGAGGGACUUUGCAAAGUCAAUUACCCGUCCCUUCUCAGUCUACUUCAAUCCCUACACGCAGAGUAUUGAAAUUCUGAAAGACACCAGGAGCAUUGAAAACGUGGUGCAGGACCUCCGCAGCGAUUUGAACACCGUGUGUGAUGCCUUGAACAAAAUGAACCAGUAUCUGGGGAUUUGA